GCACGAAACCCUCUGAGGAAUCCCUUGUAUUUGAUAUCGUUGUUGAUUGCCUUGACAGCUAAAACAGUCAUAACAGACUAGAAUCACAGCGUCAGCCAUGUCAGAGACAUACGAUUUCCUGUUUAAGUUUCUUGUGAUUGGGAAUGCAGGAACUGGAAAGUCAUGUCUUCUGCAUCAGUUUAUAGAAAAAAGAUUCAAAGAUGACUCGAAUCACACUAUUGGGGUUGAAUUUGGCUCAAAGGUUAUCAGUGUGGUCAACAAGUUUGUAAAGCUCCAAAUCUGGGAUACAGCAGGACAGGAGCGUUUCAGGUCUGUUACACGCAGUUACUACAGAGGGGCAGCAGGGGCUCUUCUGGUGUAUGACAUCACUAGUCGAGAAACAUACAAUGCUCUGACCAACUGGCUGACAGAUGCCAGGAUGCUGGCCAGCCAGAACAUUGUCAUUAUACUGUGUGGAAAUAAGAAGGAUCUGGAUGCUGAUCGUGAAGUCACCUUCCUGGAAGCCUCACGCUUCGCUCAAGAGAAUGAGCUCAUGUUUUUGGAGACUAGUGCACUAACGGGAGAGAAUGUGGAGGAAGCCUUUGUCCAGUGUGCUCGGAAAAUCCUUAACAAAAUAGAGUCAGGAGAGCUGGACCCAGAGCGGAUGGGUUCAGGAAUCCAGUAUGGCGAUGCAGCAUUGCGGCAGCUGCGUUCUCCCAGACGGGCUCAGGCAGAGAGCGUGCAGGAGUGUGGCUGUUAGCACAGAUCUCCUAACAGCUGACCAACCAGGUUUGUGAACACAAGGAGGACAUUACUGGGGAGUGUGACUUAAGGCUCAUCAUGGUGGAGCAACUGUUUCCCUCACCUUACUUUUACUUCUGUUCAGACAUGGCAGGGUCUCCCUGUACUCCAGAAGGAUCCAGAAAACGUUUACUGUCCCCUUGGGCCCAGGCAAAGACAUCUGCAGUACCCAAAACCCAGAGGGUAGUUAAAAGACUUGGCCCAUGCCCCUGAGAAUACUGCACUGAGCCCAUCCCCACUUAAAUAUGUAGAUCUUAUGUAGAGAAGAAAUUAUAUUAUCACUGGAGGAUGUUUUCAUGGUUGCAGUACUACAACAUUGUCAUACAUUACAUAUAUCGCUUGGGCAUACUGCAUUACUGCUCUUUAGCACACAGCUGUAAAUCUUAUCAAUGAAAGUGAUCAUGCGCUUUGUUACAUCAACACAUCAUUUGCUUUUAUUUAGUGUUUUUGAUGUUUCCCCUCUGUUGUUUUUUAAUGUUAAUAUGUUUUGUAGGAAAACAUACUUCAACAUGUUUUCUAUUUUAAGUGGCUUUUGACACACUUCCUUUCCUAUCCCACUGUAAUAAAGUGUUAGUAUGAUCAGCUUUAAAGUCACAGUGUUACAUGCUAUAUACUUAUUGUGAAGCAUUUUUAGUGCUGCUGUCCAAUUCUUAGGUGUUUGUUGGAAUGACACCAAUGGGUUUAAAGUAAUUCAUUGUUUUCAGAACUAUAUUGUAUAGUACAAUAUCUUCUUUUUUGGAGAAAAUAUAUUUUAAUUUAAAUCCCCUAUUGUCCCUUAUCUACUCAAACAGUGCAUCAAAAGGCCUAUCUAUGCCAUUAUGCCUUUUAUAUCAAGUAUUAUUAUUUUUUUUUUAAUGAAUUUGACAUGGGACACGGGUUAUGUUUAAAGGAAUAGUUCACCCAGAAAUGAAAAUGAUCUCAUCAUUUCCUCACCCUCAUGUAAUCCCAGAUGUAAAUGACUU